UGGGCAGGUGGGCUGAAGUGUGAGGCAGUGGGGAAAAAAGUGAACCAGGCGGCUCCCACAGUGAGGCCAGCGGCACCGGCUGAGGGUGGGAGGGUGCCCGGGCAGGGGACUCCGCGGGGAGGCCCUAGGCCAGGCCAGAGGGGUGCGCCCCAUGGGCGAAGCCCCUCCCUGGGGUCACCGGAGCCAUGCUGUCCCGCAAGGGCAUCAUCCCGGAGGAGUAUGUGCUGACGCGACUGGCCGAGGACCCCGCCGAGCCCAGGUACCGCGCCCGUGAGCGGAGGGCCCGCUUCGUGUCCAAAAAAGGCAACUGCAACGUGGCCCACAAGAACAUCCGAGAGCAGGGCCGCUUCCUGCAGGACGUCUUCACCACGCUGGUGGACCUCAAGUGGCCGCACACGCUGCUCAUCUUCACCAUGUCCUUUCUCUGCAGCUGGCUGCUCUUUGCCAUGGUCUGGUGGCUCAUCGCCUUCGCCCACGGCGACCUGGCGCCCGGCGAGGGCGCCGCCGUGCCCUGUGUCACCAGCAUCCACUCCUUUUCCUCCGCCUUCCUUUUCUCCAUCGAGGUCCAGGUGACCAUCGGCUUCGGCGGGCGCAUGGUGACGGAGGAGUGCCCCCUGGCCAUCCUGAUCCUCAUCGUGCAGAACAUCGUGGGGCUCAUGAUCAACGCCAUCAUGCUGGGCUGCAUCUUCAUGAAGACCGCCCAGGCCCACCGGCGCGCCGAGACCCUCAUCUUCAGCAAGCACGCCGUCAUUGCCCUGCGCCAGGGCCGCCUCUGCUUCAUGCUGCGCGUGGGCGACCUGCGCAAGAGCAUGAUCAUCAGCGCCACCAUCCACAUGCAGGUGGUGCGCAAGACGACCAGCCCCGAGGGCGAGGUGGUGCCGCUGCACCAGGUGGACAUCCCCAUGGAGAACGGCGUGGGCGGCAACAGCAUCUUCCUGGUGGCCCCGCUCAUCAUCCACCACGUCAUCGACGCCAACAGCCCACUGUAUGACCUGGCGCCCAGCGACCUGCACCACCACCAGGACCUGGAGAUCAUCGUCAUCCUAGAGGGAGUGGUGGAAACCACGGGCAUCACCACCCAGGCCCGCACCUCCUACCUGGCCGACGAGAUCCUCUGGGGCCAGCGCUUCGUGCCCAUUGUGGCCGAGGAGGACGGCCGCUACUCCGUGGACUACUCCAAGUUCGGCAACACCGUGAAAGUGCCCACGCCCCUCUGCACAGCCCGCCAGCUGGACGAGGACCGCAGCCUGCUGGACGCCCUGACGCUCGCCUCCGCCCGAGGACCCCUGCGCAAGCGCAGCGUGGCCGUGGCCAAGGCCAAGCCCAAGUUUAGCAUCUCUCCGGAUUCCCUAUCCUGAGCCGUGGUCCCUCGGCCCCCCCUUCAGUUGCGGACAUGCAAGUGGCGGAUGGUGUGGCCUGGUAUGUAGAGUGCACGUGCUGCGAGCCCCCUGGCCUGGCGGGGGGCUGGCUCUGAGGCUGGGGCCCCUCAGCCUCUGGCUGUUGCUUACCCAGGGUGUUACACAGCACUUGUCACUAUGCUAUUUCUGGCCUCAGCGGGAGCCUGUACUGGGAUAUUUUUAUCCCUGCUUCUCCCUGUCCCAGCUUAGGACUGGCUCACCCCUCUCCCCCUGCCCCAGACUGGGGAGCCUGUGGGAGGUGCUGGCCACUAAAGCUGGAUCCCUGGCCAGUCCUGGGCCCCCGCAAUCAGCCUGCCAUGAGCUGCACAGGUGGCUGGCAAAGCACAGUCCCUGCCGCUGUUUCUGUGGCCCCAAGAAACUCCUGCUAUUGGGCUUCAGCACCCUUGGUUCUGGAAAAGCGGUUGAGUGGGGCCGGCCAUCCAAGGGGGACAGUGGAUGAGGGGUGCAUUGCUGCUGGAGGACUGACGCUGCGCAGGCUGCACAGACAGGCGGAGGCUGACGGGGCUCCCCGCGGUGGGGCAGGCUUGCUGGGGGAAUGACCUGAGGCCCACUUUGCUGGGCCCUGCUCAGGCACAGAGAGCAGGAGGUAGGCCUGGCGCCCCGUCCCCACGCCCCCAACGCCAGCCUUCUGCCAGGAAGGCUCUUUGGGUGAGAGCUGCUGCACCUGUCUGCCUCCGUUCUGUCUCCACCCUGGGAGGAGGCUGGGGUGGGCGGGGGCAGACUCUGACAUGCCAAGCAGAGGGAGGCUGGGGAGAGGGGCUCCUGUGCCCACCACACACAAUGGCCCCCAAAGCCAACUCUGCUCCUGGCCUCCCAGUGGUAACUGGGACUCGUUCUGUCCAGAGGGUGACCGGGGUGUGGGGGUGGAGGGUGGGAUAUGUCUCUGGGUUGCUGGAAAAGUUGUUGAAAAGUUCCGAAUGGUGGUGGUAAGGUCUCUAAGGUGCAGAGGCCCUUGGUCCUGAUGGGCUUGCCCUAAACCCGGACUCUCGGGACCAUGCUGUGAGUUCUGGCCUGGA